GGGCGACAGCCUACAUAUAUAUUUCCUAAACCUACCAAUAAAAAAGUCAGUGACUAUCAGCCACGCACAGCAAUGAACACGAAAAAACGCAGCAUUCUUCUGCUGCUGCUGUUCGGUAUUUGCAUCGCACUGAAUCAAGCCAGUAGUCCGCUCGAGCACGCCGCCACGCUGAAAAGCUUCGACCAGCUACGGAUCGAGUGUGCCCAAUAUCUGCCGGCGAAUAGUUCCUCAACCGACGACGACGGCGGCGAUGGGUGUUCCGAUCGGUGUCUGGGUCUGGUCGGCCGCUUCUGGAACGACACUGUUGGCAGACCGCACUACUCGGUUGGACGGUUCUACCGUCAGGAUCCGGACGAUCUGGACUACAUCAACCGAACUGUUCUGUGCAUGAACGAAACGGUUCACAGUUUGCCUCCGUGUGCUGGCUGUCAUCGUGCCAGUUGCGGUAUGCAGUGCUACCAGGAUCAGUUCGGCGAGUUGGUCAACCAGGAACCGAAGUUCGUUCCCGUUCCGAACUUGAAAGGCGUUCGAAUCAUCAACGAGUGCGCCCUGAUACUGCAGCUAUCGGCGGAAGAUUUGCAACACAUUUUGGAACAUGGUUAUACCAAUACUUCCGAAAGUGCUUGUCUUACACGGUGUCUUUUGAUUCGAGCCGGAUUGUACAGUGACAGCCACGGUCCAAAUAUAGAGCGGUUUUCAGUACAGUGUGAAGGGUACGAUGACAAAUACGCGGAAACGGUUACCAAAUGCUAUGUCAGCUUGCAGGAACAAGAGCUGGACAAAUGUUCGCUUGCUGCGCGAGUCUACGAGGAAUGCAUUCAAAUCAAUAUGUACAGUAACAGCAAUAUAGACAUUAGUACGUUUGUUUAUCACACGCUGUACGGUUUGGGAGUAGCGUUCGAAUACGUCAUUUAUCCGAUUAUUCAUAUUUUGUGAUCAUAAACUGAUAUGAAAAUAAAAUAAAAGGGUUCGAAAAUACAUACCAAUUCGAACAUGGAAACUUCAGAGCCUAUGG